UGAAACCCAUCAACCGCCUCCUGUCAUCAUAUAUACCCUUUCAUCCAUCUUUCAUACCCGUCACAUAAUCCCACAGUGUCAUAAUUCGAAACAGAGAGAGUUUUUCGAAAAAUGGAGUCUUGUGGGGGGUCGUCCCCUUCGUAUUACACCAUUCUCGGCGUGAGCGAAGGGUCUUCUAACGAGGAACUACGCCGCGCGUAUAGAAAACUCGCUAUGCAAUGGCACCCUGAUAAAUGGACCAAGAACCCGUCGUUGUUAGGGGAAGCCAAGCGGAGGUUUCAGCAGAUUCAAGAAGCGUAUUCCGUUUUGUCUGAUCCGAGGAGGAGGACUCUGUACGAUGCUGGUUUGUAUGAUUCUCGCGAAGAUGACGGCGAGGUUGAGGGAUUCGCGGAUUUUGUGCAGGAAAUGGUGUCCCUCAUGAAGGAUGUUCGGAGAGAGGGCAAGACUUACAGCAUGGAGGAGCUUCAAACCAUGUUUUGGGACAUGGCCAAGGGAUUCGAGGUUCCAGAAUGGCCGAAUCUAUCUCAGCCGCCAGUUCAUCUCCAGUCGUCUUCUCAGUGGUUUUCGGGGGCCAUGACUUUCAGUGAAGGCUCUGCAACUUCGAAGGGAGCUUCCGUGGAUUCAAGCAUGGCGGUUCCCUUCUUAGACUUCUCGUAUUUGCAGAUGCGCGGAGUAAAUCCUUUCUGCAGAUGAGGCAUCAUCGAGGGCGGGCUAGAAAUAAUGCAGUUAGGAGUAGAAGUGAAGCGAAUUUGUAAUGCCUUUCUUGCUCCUCCUGCCUCCUGUAUAUACCUUAGUUUUAGUUUUCCUUCCACUUUGAAGUAGGAAAGGUUGUUGUUUGGAUUGUUUGUAGUUUAAUCUUGCAGAAAUGAAAGAGUUUCCAAGAUUUUUGAGUUCAAA